UCGUUGUUGUAAGCGGUCGGAUUACUGAGAGAAUGAUGGCGGACUUGCAGUUAGCUCCACUGCGACCUAUUGGCGAUUUUCUAAUGGAAUCGGCACGAUUCCAAAUGCCAAACAUGGUGGAGGCCGAUAAAUGGACAAAACGAGUGCUACAGAACCUACUAUAUUACCAAACAAAUUAUUUCUUAACGGCUUUAUUCGUCUUUUUGAUCAUCGGUGUAAUCCAUCCUGUGAAAAUGGUGUUUGGUUUUGUGGCUAUUGCAGCUGCUUUCGGAGGGUUUGUGUUCUGUACCAAUAACCAGUGGAAAAGCCGCAAGUUCAAGAGAGACCAUCCAAUCAUCAGUGUGUUGAUAGUACUUGGUGCUGGCUACCUUCUUGUCUACAUGCUGGGAGCUGUAAUAGUCUUCUUACUUGGGGUUGCCUUUCCUUUAAUGUUAAUUUUGCUACAUGCCUCUCUGAGAAUGAGAAGUAUAAAGAACAAAUUGGCAAACAAGAUGGAAUAUACAAGAACGCCUGUUUUAUACACAAGUCUUUUCUUCUUCAAAACAUUACCCAUAUCAGUGAUGUUCAGCUGA